UUUGACUCGCACGAGCCCUUAGCAUUCAGCUAGCCGCGUAGCUUAGCUUAGCUUAGCGUAGCGGCUAGCGUUAGCCGUGCUAGCACCGUCACUGUUUGCUAGUGAGCGCGGCGGAGCUGCGACCCUUUACAUUUAAAUACCGAUAAACUCUCAGAGUAAAAUGUGCUGUUUCCACCCUGCCUGCAUGAGCCGUCUGGAUCCAGCUGAGUGUCACCGAGCCAGGAAACGAGAGGCCGAGCGCUCCGUCAACUGGACGGUGGAGGAGACCCAGGUGCUGCUGUGCGCCUGGAGCGACGAGCGCAUCCAGAAGAGUUUGGCGGAAAACCUGCGGAACCGGCACGUCUUCAAGCACCUCUCGGCCCGCAUGAGCGAACUGGGCUUCUCCCGCAGUCCGCACCAGUGCCGGCUCCGGGUCAAGACGCUCAAGGCCAACUACGUGAGGGCCAAACUGCAGAAGAGCGUCGACAGCUCGCAGCCGUGCACUUUUAAAUACUUUGCGGAGAUGGACGCUGUGCUGGGGAGGAGGUCGGCGGAAGGAGGAGGAGGGCCCCGCUUUGGCUCCUCAGAGGGGACGGUGGCACGUCAUCUGGGCUCCAUUGACAGGACGGGAAGUAUCCGGCCCGAUUUGAGCUCUAAUACGGAGAUGGGGUGUCACCGAUUCAGCGCCUUGGAGCGGACCGGGAGGCAGCACAUGAGCUCUUUGGAGGAAAAAGGCGGUCGCCAGUCGUGGCAGCUCGACUCAGAGGUGAAGGUGGAGGAGGACCGAGAGGAAUCGACUGAUGAGUUUGAAUUCAGCGACACGGGAUUCCCACAGCCCAGAGACAGACGCCAUGAUGUUUUUCUAGAGUCGUCCAUCCAUCAUGAACCCACUGGCACACCAGUGGAAAACAACCUCAGCACUCCCUCCCCGCUUGUGCUCGCACCUCCCCCUCCUCCUCCUCCUCUUCUUCCUCAGCCCGGUGCCUCCCCUCUCCCUGUGCCUCCAGACCCGUCCUGCCCGGGCGCCGUCCCCACCUCGGGCCACCCUCACCCCGAGUCUUCCUGCCUGGAGCCUGUCCUCAAGCACCUGUCGGAGUGCUUCCAGCGGCUGGUGUCGGAGACGCGGGGCCUGCUGGUGCAGCUGGAGGGCCAGAGGCAGGAGCAGGCCCGCUGGCACCAGGAGCUCCUGGCCCGCUGGCUGGAGAGGGAGGAGCGCAGGCAGAGGGAGAUGGCCGACAGGGAGGAGCGCAGGGAGAAAGCCCGCAUGGAGCAUGAAAUCAGGGUCUUGGAGCUCCUCACUAGUCUGGCCCAGCAGAGGACGGUGGGCGGAGAACAGCAGAGGAGCUGCGGAGGCAGCCGGACUGCAGCAGAGGCAGUGAGCGCUCCAAAUCACACCACCACCAAAGAUGGAAAUUAGAUGUGUUCACAUCGAACAUGUUUGGAGAGGUUUAUUCAACGCUGGAGAGUCUUAAUCCUUUAGUUGAGUUCAUUUGGCCGGAUGACAGCAAUGCCAUUCGAACUAAGAUGGAACAAAUUAACCAAAUAACCGUGCCAAGACAGCAGAAAACACAGCCUGCAGCUCAGGCCUGGGACAAACCAGUCUGACUUCAGAGAACUGGCACUGAAGAUCGCUUUGUGUCGCCUCAUGUCUCCUGCUAAAAGCUGUCCGUCAACACACCGCACAGACUCCAGCUAGCCGUCGACAUGCAGCACGUUCUGCGCCUGCUGAGAGGAAAUCACUCCCCGUACUGGAAGGGCGCAUCCGUCUCAACAAAGUCCACCAGAAAGAUAAAGAAACAGUGUUGGCCCUUCAUCAUGCAGCUGCUCUGGUGGUUAUCAGCCUGAAGGGGGUUUAUUUACCACAACUAGCUCUCUCUGGUUAGCAAACUUGCUGGCGAGUUAGGACAAUAUCACCACAACUAGAUUUCAGUUCUCACCAGAGAGCUCAGAAGGAGACCUCGACGUCUGAAGGUGCGGGACAGUGAGGCAAGAGCCAAGGCCCAGCUGACGGGUUGGUGUGUCAGGGCGCUGAGGAAUGUGAAUGUAAUCCAGACUACAGGAAACAACCCCGAAAUGUAAGGUUUUAUGGCUGCAGGGUGAAGGAUGUGACACCUGAUAGGCAGCAGUACCUCACGCUUUGAAAGCCUAGCAUAACAAAAGUAAGUCUGGACUGACACUCACAUUCAGCUAUUUCUUCUUUUGUUCUUAAGCGGUAUGAACAUUAGAAGAAGGGGAGAAAUAGCAAAGAGUCCACACCUGGCAGCAUGACAGGUGACCAAACCUCAGCCCGGUAAACAAGGUAUUGUGACACACUGGACUGAUUUCAGUUCCACUUUACAAAGCAAGAUGUCGGAAAAUAAACCCCAUACACUGUGGUUUGGACCAAAGAGAAAAAAAAAAAAACGGUGUGAUGCAUCCUUAGUCUGAUGGUUUCUAAAUGGGCAAAGACGCUGCUGGUAUGAAAACCAAUGGGCCUCAGUGACAGACACAAACCAAACACCCAUAGUUUGGUGCAAGUUGACGCAGACUUUAUUUAUGACAUGAGUACUUACGACUUUGUAUGCUCACAUCGGCUUGUCCAGGUGAAUUUCCCCCCGUCGUCUUGGUCAGGGAAUUUCCAAAGCUUAAAUUAAAAACUCUAAUGGAACUGUUUCAUGCACUUUUAUGUGAAUAAAAAUGUCUGUUUUUAUGUUUUCAA